AUGAAAUGUAUUUAUGAACAGCUUGGAUCGAAGAAGUACCAAGUAGACUCAGCUGAACUUCUUCCAAUGCAUGAGAAACUGAGAUAUGGAGUUCUUCCAAACGGGUUGAGGUAUUGCAUAUUCCCCAACAAGAAACCAGCAGGGCGAUUCUAUGUGAACUUGGAAGUGCAUGCCGGCAGUGUGGACGAAGAGGAAGAGCAGCAGGGCAUUGCGCAUUUUGUAGAGCAUGGUCUGUUUCUUGGGACGGAAAGAUUCAAAUCUCAGAAAGCCAUGAAGAAGUUGCUCAGACGUCUCGGCAUGGCGUACAAUGCUGAUGCGAAUGCGUUCACGGACUUCAGAAGCACCGUUUACACGCUGUCAGCCCCCACCAAGGGUCGGGCAGAGACGAUGCACUCUGCUGCCGGUCUGUUUGGCGACUCAGGCGUGAGCACGGCUCCGCGAGAAGACCUUGCUGAAGACGAGUUUGCCGGGGACGAUGAAGUGUCUGAAAUCGAAGGCCUUCAAGCCACUACCGACGACAACACACAGCUAGUGCUGGAGCUGUUGCACCAGAUGGCCUUCAAGGCUCUUCUCAAGCAGGAGGACAUCGACAAAGAAAGAGGGGCAAUCCUCUCUGAGCUCAAGGACCGAAACAGCAUCUCUCAGCGUGCAGCCAUGGAGUUUUACAGGUUCAACCACAACGACACUGUACUGCCCAGGCGGUUUCCUAUCGGGAAGGAGGAACAGGUGAAGCGCUUCAGCUCGGAAGAUCUCAGGAGAUUUUACAAGCGCCACUACUACCCGGCGAACAUGUGCCUCUAUGUUGCUGGUGACGUGGACCCCGCGGAUUUCGAGAAGAAGAUUCAGGCGGUCUUUGGCAAAGAGCAAGCAGCCCCUGCCGAUGGUUCCGCGGGCGUCGAACCAGUAGAGGAGGAUCGCAAGGUGGAGCCAGUCUUGUGGCCACGGCGAGGGGCGAAGAUCGUCCAUCACGACCUGAUUGAAUCGCUGGACCCGGCCCCUGCGAUCAUCAGGACCUCUCCUGGCGUCAACGUUGUCUCGGUCCCUGCUGCUCAGCCCCCAAGCAAAGAACAUGGAAGCUCCAACAAGUUUCACGUUCUCUCCCACUCGCUCAUCACUGACUUCAGCGUCUCCUUUUGCGCCAAAGGGAACCUGCAGACGUUUGCGACUCUCUCUGACAUGCGCGAAUCCGUGCUGGACUCUCUGGUUGGCAUGAUCCUCGAGUUCAGAGUCAACGAACGCCGUCUGCGCUCCAACGACCCGAUCUUCAACGGCAUAGGUUGGACAUACAGCAGCUCGGCAAGAGACGGAUGCUCGAUGAACUCUUUUUCCAUCUCCUCACAGCCUCGUCACUGGAAGGCGGCGCUAGAGAUUGGUCUGCAGGAAGCAGCUCGCAUGGCAGAGCAUGGUGUAACCGAAGCCGAGUUGUCUCAGGCUGUCACGACGCUUGUCAAUCAUUUUGCUCAGCAGGCGACGCUGAAGAAUUCGCUAGAGUCAUCUGUAUGGAUGAGGAGGAUCAUGGAGUGUGUGCAGGCGGGCGACCAGGUAAUGAAUGCGGAGAAGAAGUUUGAAAUCCUCGCGGAGAUCUCCUCAAGGCUGACGCCGAAAGAGCUGUCGGUGAGGGCGCGAGAACUUUUCAAUGCGGUCACGAGCUACGUCACCAACGACCAAUGCAAGGCCUUCAUCUGCAUGCCCGACAACUCUCCCGACAUGCAGGACUUCUCCCACGAUCUCUUUCUCACCAUCGUCGAGCGAGGUCUCAAAGACCCCAACCCGCCCGAAUCCCUUCAAGUGCCCGAGAGACUUCUCGACGAGUCCCACCUCAACGAGCUGGUGGAUCAGAUGAAGCCGGCCAUCGUGUCGAGACGCGUCGACGAGGAGGGAGGGACGGGAGUAGUUGUGCUCAAGCUCAGCAACGGAAUCAGAGUUGCUUACAGGACCAACGACAGCAGGCCCAAGGAGUUUCGCGUUAGGAUCUCGGCGGCUGGAGGAAGAGUUCUCGAAGAUGAACAACGUCAGGGUCAAGCAGUUGCAGCCUCUGCCUUGUGGGUCAAUGGAGGAUGCGGUGGAUAUGCAGCAGAAGUUGUCUCGCGCUUUGCGAGCAUGUGGGGACUUUCUGAGGAGCUUCAUUUCGACAUGCUCGUUCAAGCAACUGUUGAUGGUGCACUGGAGCGAGCGAUGGGCCUGGUCUGGAUGUUCUUGCAAAGGCCGAACUUGGACCAGAAGGCCCUUGAGCGCUUCAAGAUCCGCGUACGUCGAGCCUCUCAGUCCCUCGACAAGAGCGUGGAAAGAAAGACGUCAAAACUCUUCUUGGACAUGAUGAUCUCACCGGAGCAUGCAUGGCGGCUGCAGGAGCUCCGGCCUGAGAUCGCAGACUCCUUGGAUGUUGAGGACGUUCGAGCGAUCCUCUUCAAGCAGAUCGCGACGGAGAAUCUCGAGAUGGUUGUCUCGGGAGAUUUCGACCCGCAAGAGCUAGAGAAAGCGUUGGUUCGAUACAUGGGGACCCUCCACCGAGAGCAGGAGAAACCUUUCCUCGACGAGAUGCAAGAGAAGCUUCGACUCAAGUUCAAGGGCGGCAGCAUGAAAGCCAAUGCCGAGCACUUGGUGGACGACACCGAGCGCUCCUACACCAUCAUGGGCUUCCCUGCGGUUAACCGCUGGGGAUACCUCAGGGACGUCGACGCGGGUCUCUCGCUCGACUUUCGUGAUGGAGCGGCCCUCAGCCUUGUGCCUCCCACCCUCCCCAACGGUCGCCCGUACUGCAAGUCCAUGCACAUCUCGCGAAGCCUCUCAGUCGCCUGUGACGUCAUCAGCAACAGACUCUUCGAGGAGAUUCGAGAGCGGCGAGGGCUCGUCUAUGGCAUCUCCUUCCGUUGGCGACCUUAUCGCCUCAUUCCCGGAGGAUACUGCACCAUCGACUUCAUGCCCAAAGCUGACAUGAUCGAGGAAAGCAUUGCGGCGGUCAGAGAGUGCUUUCAUCGUCUGGUGACAGAAGGGUUCUCCAUGGACGAGUUCGAGGCGGCCAAGAGUCCUCUGGUCACCAAGGUGAAGGAGACGGAGAAGCAGAACGUGUUCUGGGUGCAGCUCAUGGAGGAUCUCGGGAACCCUCUCUCACCCAAGUCCAUCGGCUGCAUCCAAGAUGUCUCCGAUCACUACGAUGCGCUCACCAAGGAGCAGGUUGAGGAAGUUGUUCGUUGCUGCCUCGGUCAUGGCAUGGAGCACAUGGUCAUCGCUACAGGCACGUCAGGACCCCAGGAACAGACUCAAGGUGUUUGA